GAGACUGCAGUAGGUUUUUACACCGCGUCGUUAACGGCUGUUGUUCGAGUUGUUUUCAUUGACGUUUGGAAGAGCGGUAGUUGCGACCUGUUUUACACAUUUAUAUUUUUAAGAGAGCAGGUAAGUAUUCGCACCCGACAGAACUUCGCGCGUCUCGUGCACUCUUGUAGUGUAGACGCCUGUCUCUAAAACAACAUUACCUAGGAUCACGAACUGUGAUGGAGUGGAGACAGCGGUCUGCGUUGGGUUACGAGACUGCUUACUCCGAAGCACAGAGAUGGAUAGAGGCAGUUACUAAGAAGAAGUUUGGGAGCAGUACUUUCCGGAGUUCUCUGGAGAAUGGAGUUCUGUUGUGUGAUCUGAUCAACAAGAUCAAGCCUGGCUUCAUUAAGAAACUAAACAGGCUAUCCACACCUAUUGCUGGCUUGGACAACCUCAACAUCUUCCUAAAAGCCUGUGUCAAGCUUGGACUAAAAGAGGCCCAGCUUUUCCACCCAGGAGACCUGCAAGACUUAUCCACACGUGUAACUGUCAAGCACCAGGAGAGCACCAGGAGACUCAAUAAUGUUUUGAUCACCAUAUAUUGGUUGGGCAGAAAGGCACAUGCUGAUCCUUUUUAUAAUGGACCUUACCUAAAACUAAAAGCUUUUGAAGGAUUGCUUGGCACAGCACUAUAUAAGACACUAGAGAACUGCACAUCACUGCAAGGAAGUGUGCGAAACAGCUCUUGUGGAGAUAGCUGGUACUUAGAGAAAGAAGAGCUCUUCCCAUUACGGGCUGGACACAGGAGAGAAGACUCCCUAGACAGUCUCGACUCACUAGAUUCCAUAACUCAAAGCACAUCUUCAGACGCUACGCUCAAAGGCAGCAGCGAGGGUUGUGGAAGUGACCCUGAAGCAGAGCUGAGCUUCAUGAUGUCGGAGAAUAAAGAAUACCGCCGCUCGCUGGUCUUAACUCCCAAGACCACCGCUUCGUUCAACCAGUUCCUGCCCUCCAAAGACAAGCAGUCAGGCUAUGUUCCAGCACCUUUGCGCAAGAAACGUGCAGAUCGAAAUGACGACAACAGACGAAGCUGGGGAAGUCCUCUGUACACAGAUGAGGACGGCACAUUUACUAGUCAUAAGAUGACAAGUUCAGACCUCUCCUCUAAUACCGAGAUGAAAUCCCAGACUUCUGUACCAGCUGCCCACCUGUCUUGGGCUUAUGAGUACGAGAGCAGCGAUUCAGAUGCAGAUCGUCCAGACCCUGAUGUGGUUCUAGAUGACCUUGCUAGCCGUAGAUUUCACAGCUCCUCUCCUGUCCCACCAACCAACUUUGCCUUACCCAUGAACCCGAUGGAGGCAGCUGCUCUCCCACGGAGCACCUGGUCACAGGUGGCUGUCACUAACAUGCCCUGGCAGACAAUGACCCACCUCAGCAGUCAGUCACAGCCUCUUCAGAGGACUUAUAGGAGGCCUGUGUCCACUGGCGUCUGCAUUUACGAUGACUCCGACGAAGAGGAUGAUGAGUUUGGCAAUGCUGACCCUGUUCAAGAUGACCUUUAUGCCCGUAAAGUAGGCCUGAUACCUCAACCCUCUGCCACGGUGCCUUAUGAUAAAUUUCUGCCCAAAUUCUGGACACCUGAGGAGGAUGCACAUGUGAAGAAGAUCAAACUGGGAUCCCAGCACCGCCCUUGGUAUAGGAAGAUCCAGGGUUUCAGCCGCAAGAAGUCAGGUUCGUCCUCAGAAGACUCAGACGGUGACGUCAGCCCCUGGCUCUCUGUACCCUCUUUCUCUCGCACUCAGUCUGAACCCCCUCACACUCAUGCACCUGAAGGCCCCGCCCACUCUAGCCUCACUUCCACUCCCAGCUCUCAAACACCACCCCCCAUGGUUGCUCAGCGGAGUGCUGGGCUGCCUAAGUUAAGGCCCCCUAAUUUUUGGCCCAGGCCGGAUCCCACCUCUGGCCCCAAACUCAUUAAAUGUGAAAAGCGUCCACUCCUUGGGCGUGAACACCCUAACGACCCAUACAACGUUUCUGCAGACAUCCUGCCUGACUUGGAAAAUGAUGAUAUGUUUACAAGGCGUACAAACACCUUCCACUCCAGCGAUGACCUGGCCAAGUUGAAGUACGGUAAAUUCCUGGCCCCUCGUCGCAGAUCAGAGGCUGAUGUUAAUGUGGUAAUUCAGCCCCGCCAUGAGGCUGAACCUGUUUACCCUGACUUAGAAAAAGACGAUGUGGUUUUUCGAAGGGUUCAGCAGCAAACCAGUCAACGCCCUCUUUCUGGGGCCCCUGAUAACUAUCACCCUGUGCCCAUUCCAGAGCCAUGGACUUUGCCACCAAAACUGCAGGCCAAGCUUCUGUGUGCCCCAUAUGAAACUAGACAGAAAGACCCCAAGCCAAGGAAUAAACAGGAAGCAGAAGAGCACCUGAAAACAGAUGACAUGCUUCUUAGGAAGCUAAGAGCAUUAAAUACGCAAGGAACAGCAAACAUUUCUGGUGCAAGACACAGUUUAGCUGUUACUCAAGGAGGUCCCAGUGUUCCAUUUCCUUGCAAUGAGGAAGACAUGCAGAAAUGGCAAGCCAUCAGAGAGGCCAGCCGUCUGAGAUACAGGAAGAGGCUGUUGGUGGAGAGACUGCAACAGAACAGUUCUGGUAGUGAUGGGAGCAAAUCAGUGAGUGAUAUUACAGAGGAUCAGAUUAACUUGAACUUGAGCAACUUGAGCAAGGAAGUCCGCUUUGAAGAGUUGCAGAAGUUGCAGAAAAAGUUGAAAGAGAGUGAGGACAAGUGGCAGGAUGAUCUUACAAGGUGGAAGAACAAGCGCAGGAGUGUGAAUUCUGAUAUCGUAAGGAAGAGAGAGGAGAGAGAGCAGAUUGAGCAGAUCACUUCAAGCAGUGGCCCCAGGAAAUCAAAAACCUUCAAGGAGAUGCAGGAUAAGAGAGAGAACCGAGAGCAAGGCAACUACAAUAACAGCUUUAACACAAGUGUUGAUGAUGUCUUUGAAGAACCUGUACCCAGAAUCAGAACUCUGCUACCACGUAGCCACACCAUUGAUGUCCCUUAUGCCCCUAUGGACAAACCUUCAUUACCCUCCGUGCCAUCUCUGAAGGAAGAGGAGCCUGUCGCUGGCACCCUGGCAUCGGACCAAACCGAUUGUUCUGCAAAACGUGAUCGCUCCAGCCCAGAGAUCCCUCUUUAUAUGACAAACAACAUUCAAGACAUCCAAACAGCCCGAAGCCUUCUAGAUGAUCCAGUUCCAGCUAUCCCCAACAGAAACACCAGCCUGAUCAAGCCCACCAGUGUCAGUAAACCAAACAACACCAGCAGCACCAUUCUGAACGGCUCUCAACAGUUGGAUUCGAUUAACAGCACUAAGCCAGUUGAGAACUCCAGCGGCCCCAUUAGUUCUUUGUAUAAACCCAAUUCAAUGGAGACAAAGCAGUCUGGGCUGGAUCGAGUUUCUGCCUCUGUCCCCAGGAGCUACCAGAGAUCAGAUAGCGCAAGGCUCACCUCUGUAGUCACGCCCAGACCAUUCGGCACACAGUCCAACCGAAUCACCUCCCUUCCCAGACCGUUCAUGACUGAUGUCUCUCAUAAGCGCAUGAAUGGAGAGACUGACAGCCUUAAGAAAACUACGAUUCCCUUCCACAAUGCUCAGUAUGUGACGAGGGAUGAAGAGCUCUCUCAGGGCAGCCCUGUACACAGCAGUAAUGAAGAAGAGGAGGAGGAGAAAGUGCGAUCAGCAUUACAAACCCCUUCUCCUGUCCCUCCAGUCAAUAGGGUGUUCCCCCUGCCCAAAGCUCCAUCCCCAAUCAGCCCUCCGAAUGAGGUGAGCUACAGUGACAUGAGAAUCAGCCUGAACCAGAAACCAAACAGCAGCCGAGACUUUGGCUUCCAGACUGACUGGGACUCUACAGGAGUCCGUGUCAAAUCUGUAGUGCCAGGCAGCCCAGCGGAGCUCGCUCAGGUGGAGGUUGGUGAUGAGAUCCUUACAGUGAACGGGCACAUGGUGGCAGAGAUGAGCUAUAAUGAGUGGAAGAACAGGAUGGAGGAGGCUUUGCAGCAGGGUAGUCUGCUCAUGGACAUCCGCAGACAUGGCAGGAAUAACUGGGGCAGAGACCAACCUUCCCUUCCAUAUAAAAGCCAUAAGACCAUCAAUCUGACAAGUAUGGAUCCUCUAGGUUCCCCUGAGUCAUACCGCAGCACCAACCUGGAUAAAGACACAGUUGUGAAAACCGUGAACGUCAGCUCUCAGCCUGGCAAUAAUUAUGGCUCGAAUGGGAUAAAUGGUGGUUUCCGCGAUGAAUCUGGGACCAUAAAUAAUAAAGAAUCUGAAUCCAUUUCUUUGAAAAACUUAAAAAGGAGAUCAGAGUUUUUUGAACAAGGUGGCUCUGAUGCAGCAAUAUCAGAUGUGCCCAUGUCCUCCGUCUCUACCCGCUGGUCCUGGGAACCAGAAGAAGAGCGCAGGCGACAAGAGAAAUGGCAGAAAGAGCAGGAGCGGUUGCUACAGGAGAAGUACAAGAAGGACCAAGAAAAACUUGACGAGGAGUGGAGAAAGGCCCAGCAGGACAUAGCGAAGGAGACCUCCAGAAACCAUGAGGAUCAGGAGUUGAGGUCUCUGGAGCUGGACAGACACAGCACCUACACAAAGCCUACUCCUCCUUGGGAGCUUGAGGCCUCCAGAUUGUCCCUGCAAGAGGAAGAGAGGAAGAAAAGACAGGAGGAAAUGCAGCGUUUAGAUGAAGAGAGGAGAAAAAGGGAGGAACAAGAGAACCUUGAGAAAAAGAGAAAGAAGAGAGAGGAGGAAGAGCGCCUCCAUCAGGAAAAGGAGAGGAAAAGAAGAGAGGAGGAGGAGAAGAGACAAGUGGAAGAGCAAAGGAGAAUUCAGGAGGAGAAAGAUAAGGUGGACGGCUAUGGCUAUACCAAUGUUUACUCUGACUUAUCCUACUCACACAGGGCCAUGUCCAAAUCCACUCCAGAGCUUGAUGAGGUUGCAAAACCCGAUAUUAAAGGUGUGUAUGGCAGGCACAGGGGUUUGGCUGGAUGGCUGUUGGAGGAGGAAAUUAAACGAAAGAAAAACCCUCAGAUCCAGAGACAGCUGGCUGCAAGUGAGCUAGAGCUCGAAAGGAGGAGCAUCCUCAAUGCCAUGAAAUACAGAGAUCCAGAGAGAGCAGCAAGCGGUGGUCUGGGUGAAGUCGGUAAGAAAGAGCUGCUGUCUCAGGCUGAGGUGGAUAGGCAGCAGAUCCUUCAGGAGAUGAAGAAGAAGACUCCCUUGAACACAGACAACAGCUGGAUUCGCCAGCAAAGUACUUCCAGCAACACUGCCAGAGAACCUGUCAGCCUGCCUAUCAGGAGGGGUGAGUCUCUUGACAACCUUGAUAUGCCUCAUUCAUCCUGGAGGUCAUCAUGGAGCACAUCUGACAGCACCUCGUCUAUACCAGACUACAGCCGGCCUCACUCUGCCCUCUCUGGCUCCUCAUCCUAUCAUAGUGGACGUCCAGGGUCUGCCACUCUGCAGGCAUCUCAGUCCAUGAGCUCCCUGAGACAGUCCUGGUCCCCAACCUCAGCUACUUCACCAGAGCCACAGCCUCAAGCUCCACCACGAAAUAGGUCAGUGAGUGGCAGGAAAAUCUGUUCGUUCUGUAAUACACCACUGGGCAAAGGAGCGGCAAUGAUCAUCGAGUCCCUGGGACUCUGUUAUCAUUUGAGUUGUUUCAAGUGUAUUGACUGCAGGUCGGAUUUGGGAGGCUCAGAAGCUGGAGCAGAAGUCAGAAUACGAAACCAACAGAUGUACUGUAGCUCCUGCUAUAUGCGACUCAAAACUGGGCAACCCACCGCCAUGUGACCGUGCUGUAUUGCAGCAGAUUGAGGAGGAACCAAUCACAGACAAGGACCUGUGAACACUAAGAGUUUGCUUGAGAAGUGAUGAGCAUUGAGUGGUUUAGCCACCCUUGAUUAUUCAAUGAGCUUCUAUUCUUCCUUUUUUUACUUAUUAGUGGGUGAGAUUCCAAAGGCUCUGUUUAUUUGAAAGUAUUAGUAAUUACCUGUACAAAAGGGAUGUGCAUGUACCUGCAAUUUAUCUAUGCAUUUAAAGAGAAUUCAUACACUGUCUUUUUCAUCACUGAAAGAUUCUGAUUACUUCUGCUUGGCUUAACUGACAACUGUAUGGUCCUAAAAGUAUUUAUAGAAAAUUAUAGAUAUUUGCUAUUUUAUUGUCAUUGCUUAUCUAGGUUUCUCCUGCAGUCUUUUCUAUUUAAGGGUUUGCUGACUAAAAUAUCUUAUUCCACCUCAUCUGUGUGCCUGUUGUGUUCUAAAGGAGAAAAGGUGAUUAAGGAGAAAUCCAUUAUGAAUUUAUUUAAAAGUGGCAUGGUUAGUAAGAAGCACUCAUGAGUUAUAUACUCUUUCAUUGGUAGACUUUAUUUUAUGUAUCUAUUUUAAGUUUUCUGCAGAGGAAAAAAAGAGAUUGAUGUGGACCUGAAGCGGCUCACUCAGCAAUAAUUGUAAAUAAAAUGACUAAACAAUAAAUCUCUCC